AUGCUGGAUGACUUUGCAAACUUCUGGAAUUGGCGGAAAACCAUAAAUCUAGAAACUUCCCUCGUCAAGAAGCUGGUUAAAGCCAUUCCGGAAGCAGUCGUUAAUGCCCGUGCAUUUACAGCAUUUACGGACACACUACAGGACGACCACGUGAAGGAUCUGCUUAUCUGGCAGGACCAGGUUGUGCAAUGGGAACAGGGUCUGUCAAACUUCUGUCCGUAUGACAUGUGUGAAGAAACACUCACACUGGCCCAGGUGAAGAAGGAGCUUGCCGAGGAGGAGCAUCAACGAGAGGUGACUGGCAUGAAUACCUCAAUAUCAACGUUGAGUGGUCUAGUGAUUGACAGGUUGGAGAUCGAGGAACUUCAACAAUCUAUUGUGGCCUCUAUGACAUGCAAGAAAAAGCUCACCGAUUUCCAAGAAUGUUCCCGCAUUACACGACAAACGUCUCUCCUACAACGCAUACAAAAAUACCGAGAUUCUCUCCUGAUCCAUAUACCUGCUCUCCGACCUUUGAUUGAAGCUGAACCGCCUGAAUGCACAAGCCCAGAGACAAUGAACCUUUUCCUCCCUAGCUCCCUCAACGAACGAUCACAUACUCUCAUUCCAACUGAACUGAUACAAUUGGAAGAUCGUCUUCAUUUUGUGCAAGUGCAUGAAUCGCUCAGUCAGUUACAAGCUCAACUUCGCUCCCGUUCUGUUGUUUACAAGAACACAUCCCAUUUACAGCCUUCACAAGGCAAUGUAUACAAAAAUGAAUACGCUCCAGGACAAGAUUGA